CCUUUUUUGUUAUUUAUUGAUAACCAUUAGCUGGCUCUUGCUUAUAAACCAUAGCCGAAAGCAAAACCCAAGCCUACUCAAAGCAAAGAAAAACACAGCAAUGGAGAGAAGCAAAGCAAUGAUGAUGGCAGUGGCAGCUGUCGGAUUGGCUUUAGUGUUAAUGGUGCCACAGGCCGAUGCUACAAGGUACAUUGUUGGAGGGGGAGGCAUCGGUUGGACUACUAAUGUCAAUUACACUGUCUGGGCUCGAGGAAAGCACUUCUACAAUGGCGACUGGCUUUUUUUUGUAUAUGAUCGGAACCAGAUGAAUGUGCUGGAGGUGAACAAGACAGACUACGAGUCAUGCAAUGCUGAUCAUCCUCUUCACAACUGGACAACCGGAGCUGGAAGGGAUGUGGUUCCGCUUAAUGUGACUCGCCACUACUAUUUCAUUAGUGGCAAAGGAUUCUGCUACGGCGGCAUGAAGCUAGCAGUGCGUGUUGAGAACCCUCCCCCGCCUCCAAAAGCUGCUCCGUUGAACGAAAAGAGUGGCUCCUCACCAAGUUCAAUUGUCUACAGAGGCCAGCUUGUUUUACCAGCUGCUUUCGCCAUUGCCGCACUGUGGGAUGCAUUCGUUCGAAUCUGGUAGUUUGGGGAUCGAGAUUGAACCUGGACAAUUCCUUCAUCAAUUGUGAAACGAAUCAAAUCAAAUUCCAUUUCUUCUUAAAUUACUGGUGUGAUUUUUCAUUUCAUUUUUCAUCUGUUUUCAUGAUAGGUGACAUGAAUGAAACUAGCUUUAGGGGAGGUUUUGAACUUUGAAAUGUAAUUAAGGUUUGCUGAUAGGGAGGCAUUUGAAAAAUGCUUUCUUUGCUGGGGAAAUUAUUGCUUGAAUUUGUGGCAAAAUGCAAUGUUAUUGAAUUCUAGAAAUGAAAUUAAAAGUUCAUGGGA